CCCGCUCCCCGGUCCCGGGGGACCUCCCACUCGGGCUGUGUUGUACCCAGCGUGGUGUGUCGUCUUUUCCCCCGUCGCCCGCUAGACUUAUCGCCUGUGUACACGUUCAUGUUCGCCUUCGGAGGUCGCCGCUCGGGGUGCUUCCUGUGCGCGUGCUCCGUCUCACGCCCGCACAAUCAGCGACUCGCCGUUCGCCGGGCGUUGUCCGCAUCGCGUGCGCGCGCGUACGGUAGCGCUUCGACAGGAAGCCGCUGCAGUAUACGCUUCGCGGAUGACGUCAUCCGCUCGCGCAACCUUUCCUUGCGGCGUGCUGAACACUUGAGUGCACCCGGUGAUCCAGACUAGCGCAACAUCCUUAUGUGCGUGACCGUUCAGUGCGGCACGAGCCCCAGGUGGUACAGGAUAUGUGUCAAUCUGCACACCGCCGACGGAGCGGCAGCUGUAUAUAUGAAACUGCGCCGCUUCCCUGUCACAACAUCGUCGCCCUCUACGUCAGCCUCCGCGUACGGCAAUUGGGCCGCUUCGCUCACCCAAAAAUCGAAGCCACUUAGAACACGUCCGCACGGUCAAGCUCACCUUCCGAGUCACAGGAUUCGAGAGGUACGUACGGAUGCGAGCGCGAUAGUUGACCGCCUAGAUAUCCGAGCAGCGACUUCGCCAAUUCUCCCAUAGCAUCACCAAUUAUCUGUUCAGGAUGAUGCCAUUCGGACGCAUUUAUCCAUAUGCGCGCCCUCCGCGCGCCG